UGCAACAAACAACUCACAAGCUAUAAAGAAAACUGAAAAACCAUCAUUGAAGUUCCAAAUUUAUCAUCUUCUUUCUUCUCUUCAAUGCAUCUCAGUUAUCUCAGUGUUCACUUCAUAGUCGAAGAUUAGGUGUUAGAAAGAUGAACCCAAGAAAAGGAGAAACGUCGGCGUAUCAUCACCUUCAUCAAGAUCAAGAAACUCCUUACCAUGUCAUUCAUAAGCUUCCUCCUGGUGACAGCCCUUACGUUAGAGCUAAGCAUGUCCAGCUGGUUGAAAAGAAUCCAGAAGCGGCCAUAGUUUUGUUUUGGAAGGCUAUAAAUUCUGGAGAUAGAGUUGAUAGCGCACUAAAAGACAUGGCAGUAGUUAUGAAACAGCAGGAUAGGGCAGAGGAAGCAAUUGAAGCAAUUAAAUCUUUUAGGCAUCGGUGCUCUAAGCAAGCCCAAGAAUCACUAGACAAUGUCCUCAUUGACCUAUACAAGAAAUGUGGAAAAAUUGAGGACCAGAUACAGUUAUUGAAGCAGAAGCUUCGGCUGAUAUAUGAAGGAGAAGCCUUCAAUGGGAAGCUUACUAAGACAGCCCGCUCCCAUGGGAGGAAGUUCCAGGUUACCAUUAAGCAAGAGACUUCUCGGAUACUGGGAAACUUGGGUUGGGCAUACAUGCAGCAAGGAAGCUAUUUGGAAGCAGAGGUUGUAUACCGAAAGGCUCAGUCGAUCGAUCCCGAUGCUAACAAGGCUUGCAACUUGUGCUUAUGCCUUAUCAAGCAGGCACGGUAUGCAGAGGCACAUUCAGUCCUUGAUGAUGUAUCGCAGGGUAAGAUUCCUGGGUCCAAUGACCCUAAGUCAAGAGACCGUUCCACCGAGUUGCUCCGUGAGUUAGAGACAUGCCAGUCGUCUCUAUUUGCUCCAAAACCAUCAGGAUUAAGUUUGGAAGAUGCUUUUGUUGAAGGGCUUGACCAAUUGAUGAGCCAAGUGAACCCAUACAGGUCAAGGAGACUUCCCAUUUUUGAAGAGAUCUCGCCAUAUAGAGAUCAACUAGCAUGUUAGAUAUAUCCUAAUUGAUAGAAUAUCGGGAGUAGAAGUUCCUCUGUAACAAAUGAGCAUAUAGGAAGUAACUGUAUAGUGUAAUUUCUUCGUCUUUUCUUUUCUGUUUUUUUGGCUUUUUCUCCCGAUGGAACACAGCGCCUGUAACCAGCAAUAAAGUUAUCAUAUAGAAAGAAGUACUUCUCUUUUUUAGGUUCUGAUAAAAGUUGGGCUUGUGAAUCAUACAAGCAAACCUUCCCUUUUUUGGGUUCUGAUGAUGUUAUCUAAUGGUAUUCUAUUCAAAUCUUGUUGAAA